CGAUCAGCGGAGGUAAAGCAGUCUAUGAAAAGAAGGCGAAGGCGUAGGGAGUGUGUGCAUUAGUACUCUUCUUGCCCAUCAUCGAUGUGUUGUUUGUGGUCCGUAACCGUGCUAAAUUACAAUACCGUGUUUGAACUAACGGUAGAUCAGUGAAAAUGCCGCUGAGUAUAGGAGUGAAUCUUCGAGUAACAGGCCACUGCCAUCAGGGAGGCCGAAAAUACAUGGAGGAUAUGUUUAGCGUAGCAUACCAGCAAACUGCCGACGACAAAGACCUCGAGUACGCUUUUUUCGGUAUAUUUGACGGGCAUGGCGGCGGUGAGGCGGCCACGUACGCCAAGGAACACCUCAUGGACACUAUCGUCAAACAGAAGAACUUCUGGUCUGAUAAAGAUGACGAUGUUUUAAGGGCCAUACAGGAUGGAUACAACAACACCCAUCAGGCUAUGUGGCGACAGCUCGAUAAGUGGCCGAGAACCGCUUCGGGUCUUCCUAGUACUGCCGGUACAACGGCAAGUGUUGCUUUCAUCCGAAAAGGAAAAAUUUACAUAGGUCAUGUCGGAGACUCAGGAAUUAUUCUUGGGUACCAGGAUGAAGGAGAACUUUAUUGGAAGGCUAAAGCUCUCACCAAAGACCACAAACCAGAAAGUAAACGUGAGAUGACCAGAAUUCAAGCUUGUGGCGGUAAAGUGGUCAGUAAAUCUGGUGUACCUAGGGUGGUAUGGAACAGACCAAGAAUCGGACACAAGGGACCUGUUCGUAGAUCAACUCAUAUUGAUGAGAUUCCGUUUCUUGCUGUCGCUAGGUCAUUAGGUGAUCUUUGGAGCUACAACUCUGAACUUGAUAAGUUCGUUGUAUCGCCUGAGCCUGACGUAGCUGUUGUAGCAGUGGAUGUCAAAUCCCAUCGAUGUCUUAUCUUUGGAACAGAUGGGUUAUGGAACAUGCUGUCUCCACAGUUAGCUGUAUCGAUUGUCCAAAAUGCCGAAAGACACAAUGAAAAACAUCUUAUUGCUUCUCAGCAAACUGGCAAUGGGCAUACAGAUGUACAGAUGUGGAUAAAUCCAUCCAAAAGUCUGGUUGAUAGAGCCUUGGAAAGGUGGUCAUCAACAAGACUCAGAGCAGACAACACCAGUGUUGUUACUCUAAUGCUAGAUCCACCUGGACCCUCACGAACUGAGGUUUUGCUUGGUCAGAAGAGUUGCAAAGAAAAGGAACGUCCGAUAUCACCAAAAGAAAUUCCCCAACGGGUAAUACUUUCCCCAGUGCCCAGUACUUCUGAACAAGUCGAGUACGAGCCAAGUUAUUCGACAAAACCUGAAAUCAAUCCUAAUUCGUACGCUACCCAACCGCAACCACCGGUACCGAAUUUCGCAAAGACUGAUGAGAGUGAAAAUGAGUCUAAACAACCAGAUUCAUCCGAUAAUAUUGUGGAUGCUAUGGGAAAAAUUACAGAGGUAGCCAAUAUUUUACACAGAGAAAGGCUACCUGCAAUGACAAAACCUUUAGUAGAGCAGCAUAAUCCGAAUUCGAAAAGUCAACCACACACUGUUACAAAGCCUUUGGCUAAAUGUUCGCAACAACGUCAUGAAAGUCCUCAAAGAGAACUACGCAGUAGAGAGAGUAUACAAGUUGCCGAGGUAUCAUCAAGCGUUAGUUCUGAAAGUGUACCACGAACAGAAGGUUCAACAAAAUCGGAAGACGUGUCUACAACAAAAUUGGAGAAAAGUGAUCAGGCUGUCCAUUCCAAAAGGAUACCUGAUCACAAAUCAAUGGGAAGUCAAAGUAAUCCUAACUUACAAAGUCUGAACAGACAAGUGCCAAAACCCAGCAGAAUGUCUGAUCAUAAAACCAAAGAAGAAUCAAAUAAUUUGCACCAUAUGGUCAGACAAAAUGCAUUUAAUGGUUCUUGCGAGGAAUUGAAACCUGGCACAACUGUUGGUAUGAAACGAAGACAUAGCACAUUAGCACAGGCUGAUGAAAGUUGUAGUUCGGAACCUAAUCUAAAGAGGCGAACGCGUUCGGAGGAUCAGAGAAUUCUUCCGAUAGACGAAAACGACCCAGCAAAUCAGGGUAAAGAUGGUCAUCCUCGACUAUCAUGGCCAGAUAAAUGGGAAGUUACUGGAGAAGGACCUGAAAAUACAAGGACCAACCAGAGAAGAAGUCUGGAAAAGAAGGCUACACCCGUGAAAACCAUUAGGAGGCCUUCAAUAAAUGGUGGAAAUCGAAUACAGCUGAGAGGAAGUUUCACCAUUCAAAGAGAAAGAGUAAAUAUAACGAGUACGCCUGACUUACCACCGCAGAGAUGGUUACGAUCUGAUACAAUCGCAGCUACCCCUAUUAAAACUCUACGCUCAAGGAAUGUUGAUAUCAUGGGUCAUACGGUACCGCCUCAGAUGGCCAGUCAAUACGAUAUCGUGAAAGCGAACAGACUUUCAUUGCCCAGUAAAUUGAAGCAAACAUCAUCUUCAACUGGGUCGCCAGCGAGUCCAAGCGGUUCAGGUAUAGCGAAACGGGUAAAAUCACCGUACAAUCCCAGCGCUCGGUCACUUUCGACCCGGUCUAGAAUAAAACGCCUCAGUAAAUAAAGGUAACAUAAUAAUAACAAAAGUUAUGAGAAAAUUUGAAUUAGGGCCAGUGUAUCUGCCUUAAAUGCGGUUGAAACGCACUUUAUUAUACUUGCAUUCCUUGUUUAAUUCAAUUCAAUCAUUUCUCACUCUUAGGCACAUUUGGUAAGAAAAUCGAAACCGCGUUUUAUUGUGUAAAGUAGAAGUCGCGCAAAAUCGAUUUCUUUAUGUUUAUUUAUGUAUACUCCAAUUUAACAGUGAAAACUAUUUUCAAAGUAAUCCCAAUGAAUUUUCACUAUCAAAAACGAUGGGUAGUUAACCUUGCCCUAAUAUUAUUUAUACUAACUAACAAAUUUUCCAAUCAUUAUGUUUACCCCACCUGCGUUUCAUCUCAUAAUAAUGAUUUUAGUUCUAAAUUUUUAUUUUUCUUCUGCAGUUGUAUCUUCAUAUUUCAAGAAGUAUACUUCGCAAAUAUGCUCUGAACAUUUGAGGUACUUGAAGACAUCUAUACCUUUGAGAUAUUUUUCUAUGGAUAUUCGAUCAUUUUUUCUUCCGAAACAAUUAUCAUUUUAUUAUAUAACGUUAGUCCAUCACUUCAUAAAGAUGACAUUUUGAAAUCUUCAUAAUUACACCAAUAGUAAUUGAAUAUUCGAUUAUCCCUAAAUAAUGCUUAAAGUAAAUAACAAUACGAUAAAUGUGUCAUUUUUCUAGUUCUUUGUCUAUUUUCCUCUUUUUCUUUCUGAUAACAGCAUUUUAAACUUCUCAAACUCUACUUGUCAAAUCCAAUAAAUGGAAAAAAAAAUUCACUUGCUUGUUGCAAGUAUCUUUUAGUUUUACUAUAUUUUUGGCAGUUUAGUGUUUGUUACAUCAUAACUUUAGGAACAACUUGAUAGGUGAAAUAUAAAGAUGGUGCAGAUGAUCAGGAGGCUACAGAUCAAUUCUGUUCAAACUACUUUUGUGUUUGAA